AAACCAUCCCAGUUUCACCCGUUUGGAUAGCAGUUAUAUAGACAUAAGAUCCCUUGUUUGUCUGAACAAUAAACGAACCUCAAAUAUAAGUGUACCCACACAUGUUGCAAGGACCACCUGUUGCUAGCAACAUCUGAUUUGCAUCCCGGCAACAUUCAUCAGCCGCCCCGUGGGUCUGGUGGCAAUUCAUUUGCCUGUCAUCCUUCUCCCCGUUUUUCUGGCCUAUAAAAGAACAGGAACUUCGGCCAGAAGCAUCAGACAACCAGUGACCGUUCUAGGAAGAACAUCUGACCGAAAAACAUAUUCUGCCAACCUAGUGAAGUUUUGAAAAGUCUGUUGCAAUCAUGAAAUCAAUGUUGGUCAACGCAGUUUUAGUGCUUUUUAUAAUCGCAGAGUUCAGUGCAGCAGAGAUGGACCACGACAAGAACCGCCGAGGUGCCAACAUGGGUCUCUAUGCCUUCCCGCGCGUUGGCCGCGGAGAUCCGAGUCUGGCAAACAGUCUGCGCGACGGAUUAGAGGCUGGGUUCCUCGACGGCAUUUACGGAGAUGCCUCCCAGGAGGAUUAUAAUGAGGCCGAUUUCCAGAAGAGGGCCAGUGGUCUGGUGGCCUUCCCACGCGUUGGCCGCGGAGACGCCGAGCUGAGGAAGUGGGCCCAUCUGCUGGCCCUGCAACAGGUGCUGGACAAGCGCACGGGACCCAGUGCCUCAUCGGGAUUGUGGUUCGGUCCCCGCCUCGGAAAGCGCAGUGUGGACGCCAAGUCCUUCGAGGACACCAACAAGGGACAAAAGGAAUUCAACUAAGCCCACACACUGUCUUGUGAUUGAUGAACUGAUGAUGAAAGGCACCUACUUUUUGACACUCUCAAUGUCGUAAACACCUUUUUGUACAUCAAAGAGAACGCUUCUAAUUGAAUAUUGUAACGGGUAUACAGCAAAUAUGUUUUUCGGUCAAAUAUAUUACGAAUUAAGGGCUGGUGAGAGCUUGUAAUUAA